AUGGAGCCAGAGGUCGUCGAGGAUGAUUUCCAGCGCUUUCAAAAGGAGAAUCAUGACAAAUGGAAGCUCAUCGAUGAAUCGCUAGAAAAAUGCCUCGAAAUCGACGGUCAAGGAGAAAGUGUUUCGUUUCAGUUAAACCGAUUGAAACACUUACUGACGAAGGUCUCAAAAUUCGAAGACUUCCGCUUUCACUGGUCAUCCCUUCGGAAUUGCUACGAAAACGGGCAGCGAAUAAAGAAGAAGGACUCAUCUACAGAUCCUAUGGAAGAGCUUCUCAGUCCAAACUCGAUUUCGAAAGACUCAAAUUCGACCUCUUCCGACGUUUCUGCGCAGGAAUGCUCGGCUGACAACAACGAGGAGAAAAUCAAAAGUGAUGAUACGAUCGAAAUUGAUACAAAUAAUACAAACGAGAACAGCAAUGGAGCUGCUUCGUUGAUGGAGAUUUUCGGAAAAGCGGGAUUUCCAAAUGGCAUUCCAGGAUUACCAGUUCAAGCGCUCAACGGGCAAAUACAGAAUCCAAUUCAAGCCCUCUUCGCUGGUCAAAACCGACCGUCACUCUCAGAGCUGGUAUCGACAACAUCCUCAAUUCUACGAGAAAACUCGAUGAAUUCGUUGAAUAUCGCCAAAGCAAUGGCACCAGAGCAGAAUGUUCCCGAGACUGUUCUCAAAGUCUGCACACACUGCGGAAAAGGCUUCGAUGAUGAACUUCAAUUACUUGAGCACGUGCAAAAAGAAGUCCAGUGCCAGGAAAAGCUCAGAAUGAUUGGUUUACGAUUUUGCCUUGUUUGUAGAAAACCAUAUGAUAACAUUCGCAAGUGCAAAACACACUACACGAACUACCGAAACAGCUCUGUCAAUCCUCGAGAAAAGUCGAGAUUUCUUCAUCGAAUCUUGGCUGAUAUCAUCCGCUUCCCAAGUGCCAAAGACCUUGAGGAUUACGGCCCUAGAAUGCCUCUUACUCCAGAUUCACUUGGCCAGGUGAACCGCCAUCAAGCUUAUCAAAAGGAAAUCCAACUUCCCCAAAUUCCCCAAAAAUGCCGAGCAUGUGAUCAAACCUGUUCUUCGCACAGUGAUCUUCUCGGCCAUUUGGUGAUGACAGAAAACUGCCUUGCACAAUACAAAAUCAUCGGGAAGCUCUACUGUUUCGUCUGCGACAAAAGCUUCGAGCACGAAAAGCAAGCCGAAACGCAUUACAGAAACUCACUGUACAGCGGCCAUCAACAAAACCGAUCCAUUCACAAGCAGUACUUUGACUUAAUUCGAGAACGAAAGACGCCAGGAAAACGAAUUAGCAAGCUGCCGGCCAAUCUUUCUGAUUACUCGAUGGACUUUUUCUCUGGCAAUCAAUCCGCAACAGUCUCAACUUCUAACUCUCCACCGCAAAACAACCCAAUUUCAAUGACACCACUGUUUGAUCCUUCCUCAGCUUCAACCCUUCCUGUUCCAAAACCUAUCAACGAACUCAUGUGCUUAAUCUGCAAGGAGAAAUUUCCAUCAGAAGAAGCUCGUUUUGCUCACCUAUCAGAUCCGACCGUCGCUUGUCAUACAGAAACUCCAUUAACUUUUAAAACAGUCUGCAUUCUCUGUAUAAAAGACUGCGAAACGGAGCAAAAACUAUCAGCACACUUACGACUACACCGAAACGAAUGGCACCAGAAAUACUACGAGCUCUUUUAUCGAAAACGGCCAGGCAAAAAACGUCGCUUGUCUGACGAUAUCGACAUGCACUCGGCCUCGCUCUCCCAAUUCAUCUCCCAAAACUACGCCAACGAAACGAAUCUCAUUCCAAAUUCCUCCUCGAGUAUGCCAAAUCCUCUACAACUCCCGAAUUCAUUGUUCAACACGAACGUCGCAAAAACUGAACCGCUCUCUGAAUUCCCAACCCUGCUCGAAUUCUCAGGUCACUCACCAAUGCAAACUUUGCCGCCUGUGUCUUCUACGCCACUGAGCCCAGGACUGAAAACUGAGCCAGGCGUUCAGCUCAAUGCCUAA